AUGCCUCACGCCAUCGCCGACGUCGUUGAUGUCUCGCCCAACCUUCACAUACGUUCCAAACUGAAACCAAAGUCGCAGAGUCGCGAGGCGAGAUCCCUAUCAAUUCAGCUAGAUCGAUACCAACUACACUACGAAGACUCGCAACUGGCGCAAACCAUCCACCGGCAGCUGUCAGCGAUGUUGAAGAACGCCCAGGGACCAAUCACGAAGGUUUUAUCGCUUGGUCUAGGUAGUCUUCUGGUUGCUAAGGGACAGUCAAGGCGGUUGAAGCAACUCGUCAUCUUGUUAGCAAUCCGAGACAUCCUGCGACAGAUACUGGACAUAUCGAUACAAGUGUACGCCCAAGACCCAACAUUCACGAGAAAAGAUGAGUCGUUCUUGGAAAACUUGGGUAUCCGAAUCCUUCGAACGCCUUCCGGUUCGGAGCUCGGCGAGGCCUCGAUUGUUCUCGAUACUUCAACAUUGGUAUAUUCACCAUUCCUAACCCUGGAAGCAUAUGGACAGCUAUUGGGAGACGAAAAGUCGGUGCGAUAUCUAUUUGGAGAUGACUUCGAUGCGUUGUUACAUAAAUGGCCAAAACAGAGUGCUGAGCGGAUGGAGGUAGAAGAGAUAGUGAAGAAUGGCUUGGGAUCAUAUCGGAGAAGACCAGUUAUUGAUGAAGAUUUCUGGACGACGGAAGAUAGCACGUUUCCCAUGGCCAUAUAUGAGAGACCAAGGAAGAGCAGGAAGAGAACGCAGAACGCAAAUCUAUGA